AUGGGCGGAGAACGCGUGCCGGGCGUCGUGAAGUGGUUCAACCUGGAGAAGGGUUAUGGCUUCAUCGAGGUGACCAAGGGGAGAAAGGCGGGAAUCGACGUCUUCGUUCACUCCGUCGAUGUGGAGGGCCGUCCGUUGAUGGAAAAUGACAAGGUACGUAGUACUAUUUGUUGCGUAGUACGUCGCAUGUUGUAAAUUUGCUUGAUGUCACUGAAGAUAUGUUUGAUGUACUACUACAUCUUCUACAUACAAGAUUCAUCGUGCAUGUCACCCGCGCUCAAAAGCAACUAGAAGCCAGCGGCGGGAACAUCUCUUAUCUGGUCCAAGAGCAUCAAUCCACUUCAUCUUUACACAUCAGGUUGAAAUGGAGGUCGUGGAGGACGAGCGUGCCCGGAACGGGAAGGAGCGCGCCCUGAUGGUGACUGGCGGAACCGGGGACCAUGACGCACGCGAGCGCGCGAAGGGCCGGGGCAAACGGGGUGACUCCCGCCGCCGCGGGCGCAACGACUCCCGUGGGCGCGGGCGUGGCCGCCGCGAUUCCCGCAGCCGUUCCCCCAAGGGCAAGGGCAAGGGGAAGCAGAGCAUGAAGCCGGGGGACUGGAUCUGCGACAGCUGCGACUUCAUGAACUUCGCCGCGCGCCAGGAGUGCAUGCGGUGCGGCAAGCCGAAGGGCCAGGGCGGUCGCUUCCAAGCCCGGGCGGAUUCCCGCCCCCGGGGCGGUGAUCGCUCCCGCUCCCGCAGCCGCGGUGGAGACCGCGACCGUGGUUCCAAGAAGGAGGACCGGGCGGGCUCCAAGCGCGACCGCUCCCGCUCCAAGUCGGACUCCCGCCGCCGCUGAGGGUAACGAGGAGAGCGAAUGAAUAUAGUGGAAGUCGGUACUAUCAUGGAGCUGCAUCAACAUCAACACUUUCGAAGAAAAAACUUGAGAACGGAAUUUCUUUGCAUCAACAACCUGAUUUUGAACGAGCUAGAGCUACACCAUCAUGGAAUCGAAAUACGAAAACUUACGGAUAUAUGCAUCGCAAUUGUUACCAAAAAUUUUUUCAACUCGUUUGACGGUCUCUGACGGCUGGUACUAUUUGUGAGCGCAGACUUGAAUUCUAUUGUUGACUUUAAGUUCGUCUGAACGGGAUGGUAUCCCAAUGGCAGCAGCUAACCAAGGUUUUACAACUUGAACCCCCGCAACAAUAACCAGAUUUCAAGACAGAGUACGCAACUAGAGAAUUUCCAACUGCAACCCAGAAAAGAAAAAAAUGAAAAAGCGAAAGUUUGCGCACUGCUAUUCGCCUUGCUGUUCUACUUCUACGCUCGUCGCGAAAAAGCGCUUGCGAUUGUGCAGAGAGGAAUUUCACUUAAUUCAGCAAUCGAACUCCUGUAACUUCAUUAAGCCGAAGUAGAACAUCGCAAUCGCAGAUCGGUGCAUAUUAGCUGCAUAGUAAUCGUUCCAAACUCUCUGAUGUGACAUCACCAGUCCAAGUGAAAGAGAACAACAGAGAUUUCC